UUAAAUGGCGGCCAUAGUCAAGAUUUGUGUCAUGUUUCAACAUCUGCGUUAAUUUUUAUUUAUUCUAGGCACGCAUUUUUUAUAAUUAUGGUGUUUGGACCUUAAUAUAAAUUGAGUCUGGCUUCGUUAUGCCCUAAUGACAAUUUUUAGGUACCCAUGCAUUAAAACUGCGAAAUUAAACAUAAAUUAAUAAAUCAGAAAAAAGAUUAAAAAAUUAAAUAUUAUAUGAUUAAUUUAAUAAUCUCCCAAUUGUUACUAAUUCCAUGGAUGGGCGAAUGAGAGAUCUGACAUUUACGAAUUUCUAGUAUGCGCCCAAGGUAUAUUAGAAAGGUAAUGACGGUAAAUAAGAGUAUGUCAAAUAGGCAAUGAACAAUAUGUGAAAAGCAAAGAAAAAGAGGAUCUGAACUAUCAUAGAAUAAUAUUUAGUAUUUCUAUGGUAUCUUAGGUUAUAUUUGUUUCUAUUUGAUUACUUGUAAACAUAGUUUAACAGUAAAUAAAAAAGGGAAAUGAGUUCUGCUAGUAAGGUUGGUGAAAUUUUCACAGCUGCCGGUCAGGCGUUUAACAGAUUGGGGGACCUCACAAUGCAACUUCAUCCCAAUGCCGAAUCGCCUACUGGAAAAUGGACUGAUGAAGAAAUUGAGAUGUUACGACAAGUUGUGGCACAAUUUUCAGAAGGUUUAAACCAAAUUAGUGAGCACAUUAAAAGACGAACUGUAUCCCAAAUUAGGACAGCUUUAAAGAAAAAAGCAUUUGAGGAUGCAGGUUUACCUGUAAGGCAGUUAAAUACUGGGCCUCAACAGCCCGUUCAACCUCAACCCACUCAGCAGUCCUUAAUUAAACAAGAAAUGACCUUAAACAUGCUUAAUGCUGCAGAAUCGGAAGUUGAUGUUGAAGGCCUUCAUGAGGAUGUAAAAUUGGAGUUUGAUGGUAGUAAUGAGGAAGUGUCCUCAUAAUAUAGUUUCCCUUUUUUCCUGUAAAUUAGCUGCUUAAUGUGUUAA